UUGGACUUUACAUAUUCCGUUGAUCUAGCCACGUUCUCUUUCUACCAUUAUAUAUAUAUAUAUAUAUAUAUAUAUAUAUUCCUUCUUCUCCAACCUCCUUUUUAAUCCAUCUCCAUUUCAUUUUAGAUCUCAUCAGAUUUCUUCAUUCGCUUUUUACUUCAUUAUCAACAAUGGCGAGGAGACUAUCAAUGACUAUUCUCUUCCUUCUUCUCUCUCUCACCAUAGCUACAUCUCAGGAUAACAACACAUCUCCUCCUUCGCCAACAAUUCCCUCGCCUGGACCCGAAGCCGCCGACGCUCCUUCUCCUCCUCCAGAUUCCGGCGCCCCGAUAACUACUACUCCUCCGCCAUUAUCCGAAUCGACUUCUUCUCCUCCCGCACCUCCUCCAUCGUACAAAUCGAAUUCCCCUCCUUCACCUCCCCCUUCAUCAUCAGAUCAAGCUCCAGACUCUUCACCGUCUCCAUCUCCGUCUCCGUCUCCAUCUAAGAAAUCACCUGCUCCGGCACCUGCUGCUAAAAGCGGCGUAACCUCGAAAUCCAGCAAUGAAAAUGCGGAUCUGACGCCGCCGGAAGAGGAAAAUGAUUCGGGAAUGAGCGCAGGGAAGAAGGCCGGAAUUGCGUUCGGAGUGAUUGCGGGAUUAUGCGUGGUAGGGUUGGGAGGGUUCGUGUACAAGAAGCGAAAGGAUAACAUACAGCGAUCUCAGUACGGGUACGCCGGAGGAGAUCGUAGAGAGAUUCCUCUAUACACAUUUUGAUUCAAUUCAAUUCAAUUCAUACAACAACAGAUCUUCAUCAAUCAUUCAAUCAAUCAAUCUUUGCAUUCAUCAUCUCAUACAUACAUUCCAUUCCAUGCCUUUUACAUAUACAUAUAUGAUAUAUAAUUUUGGAUUCAACAAAAUUCUUUAGAGUUCAUAGUUGUGGAGAAUUAUUCAUCAUUUCAAAUUGUGCAAUUAUUGAGGAAAACCCAUUUUAUUAAUGGCUGAUGAUCAAUACUAGUAGUAUGUAAUAGUUGUGAUUCUUCAUGUUCAAAUUUUAUAAAUAAUAUACCACUUUACUUACUUU